AAUCGCAUCUGUUGUGCAGUUUCAAUUUUGUGAUGGACCGGAAUCUAGCGGAAAUUGUUGAGGCGGCGGGUUUAGCGGAUUUUUCUGAAGUAUUUGUAGCUCAUGGGAUAACAUCCGAUAUUCUCCCUGAAUUAUUGAAGGGGGAAAAUAUAAAAGAAAUCAUUCCGAAGUUAGGGGAAAGGAUUAUUUUUAAGCGAAAAUUAGAGCAAUAUUUGCAUCGAAAUGAACCACCCAGUAACACCGAAGAUUUCGAACAGAGCACUACACCAUCAGUAUCGGAAACCAAUUUUCUAAUACUUUCUUCUGUCGCACCAUCUCCAUCAGUAGUUUCACAUAGCUCCGAUCCACUGGAAUAUAACUUAACCGAUCCAGUUGAGUAUAGUUUUCCUCUGUCCUUACCGCAACCCGAGCCGCAACCUGAACCGGAAAGUGAACCUAAAAAACAGAAAACGCUAAAAAGCUACCUAGAAAAUUUUGAUUUAAAGAACCUUUUAAGUGGGUCUGCUGUAGGGAAAGCACUUCUAUCCUGGUAUGACAUCAAGGGGGGAUUUGACAGCACUCGUCAAAGUUACCUGGUUGAUAUCAUCACGACCGAAAUUUUGAAUUAUACGACGCAUUUGAAAAACGAAGACUUCAAUUUCUUGAGUUCUAAAAUCAUCGCAUUGUUUCCAUGCGAAACUAAAGAAGCGUAUUACCUUCCGCCCAUAAAGAAAAGAGACUCCCGAGAUAAUAAACCUGGUGUAGCGAAAGGGAAACUGGUAGAUAAAUUUAGAAACAAAUUGACAUUUCUUAGAGAAUCGGGCAUAUUGCCAACUAGGAGUGGAGACAAGAGUACUGAAGCAUGCGACGAUGUGCAAGAGCGUGCAGAGUUUGAUUCUGAUGAGACUGUAAAAAAAAGUGUCGUUUGGCUUGAACACAAUAGGGAACCAUUUGAAGAAGUCUGCAAGCAUUGGGAUAUAACUUUUCAUUGUCGGCGUCAACAAUAUUUGAAGGGAGAAAAAGAUGGAAAAGAAUAUUUGUUAGAGUAUCCUAUUUUGAAACUUACUAUAGGUUUAACGUUGAUUGAAAGGGACUUCGAAAGAAUUUAUCCGCAAAAACCAGACAUAUUUUCUAGUUGGGAAACUGUAAUAUCUAAAUUAAUAAAACUAAGGAAACAAUUUGUGACAAUUGAUAGUGACAAAAUUUUGAUAGAUAUAUUGGAUUCUGAAAAUAUUAAUAAAGAUUAUAAGCAUUAUGUGAUGAUUUCCUUACUGGGGUCAUUACUUCCAUACAAAUCGAGACAUAUUUAUGGAAGUAAGCAAUGGAAGCCCAAAAUAAGUGAUUGCAAGGAGGGAAUUAUCUUAAAAGCAGAGUUUCCAGCUGAUGUGGAAACUCUUAUUGAGUCAAAAGUACAGAAGCUUAGUUCCCUGGAUAUUCCCAUACAGCCGUUCAUUAUAGUCCAAGGGUCCGGAGCAGUUAUACAAAAAACCUAUGCCUAUAUGUUUGGGGAAUUAUAUCCUGUCGCUACUGUUCUAAAGGCGCUAGAUAUAUGCUUCAAAGCGUAUCAUGUAUACCAUAUAAGGUAUCAAUUCCAAUCCGAACACAUAUGGACAUUUAUUCAAAACUCCAUUUACAAUCUGUAUACAAAAUGGGACACUAAAAUCCCAAAUAUAAUUGAUAUUAUCAAUAAGUUAAAACGCGUAUAAGUGAUUUAUGUUUCAUUAUUCUAUUACUUACGUAUGCUAUACUUGUUUUGUAGAAUAUGUUUUUUUGUAGAGUAUGUUUUAGUUCAUUUGAGAACAAAGACUUUUUUGUUUCACAUGUUAAAGCUUUGCAUAAGUAUGAAGAAAAUUUUACCUGUGGGUUUCAGAGUUGUUUACAGAGAUUUAGGACACUUUAUUGUUUAAAAAGGCAUAUAAACGCCAAGCACCCAAAUGUUCAAAAUGAUACUCCAAGUACUAUCAUCGUGCAAUCUGUAUACACUGAAACUGAAUCUAGCGUUUGCUCCACUGGAAGUAUUAACGAUCAACCAAUUAUUGAAAACUGUAAGUUUAAUGAUAAUUAUUUUGAUUUGAUUAUUGCCUUCCUCAUAAAAUUUUACAAAAACACAAAUGUGACAAGAAAAUACAUACAAGAAGUAGUUGAAACCACACAUGAAUUAUUUGGUGAUUUAUUUUCAAAUUUUAUUGCUAUAUUAAACUCGGUCUCUGAUAAAAUACCUGAAGAAGUCUACGUUAAAUUUAAGACAAUUUUUUCAAGUAAUCCUUUUCAAGAAAUUCUAACUGAACAUAACAGAUUUAAAUAUUUCGAAAAUAGUUGUAGUUUUAUUAAAGCAAAUAAUGUAGAGAUUGGUAGAGUGCUGGAGGAUAAAAGAAAGCAUGGUUCAGUUUACUUAGAUUUUAGAUGGUGCAAUGCACAGAUUGUACCCAUACAUAAGGUUUUAAAGCGCUUUUUAGAGACUGAUAACGUAUUAUCAGUUAUAUUGAAAUAUAUCGAUACGGAGUCUAAAAAUUCUGAAACAAUUACUAGCAUGUUCAAUGCUUCUUUAUGGAAAACUAUGAAAGAAAGACUUAAAAAAGACAUUGUCCUCCCGCUCAUCAUAUACUUCGAUGAUUUUGAAUGUGGUAAUCCCUUGGGAACUCAAGCUGGAUUACAUAAAGUAGGUGCAGUAUAUUUUACAGUUGGGGGAAUCCCACCGCAAUAUUCAUCAAGACUGCAAAAUUUGUUUUUAUUUGGAUUUUUUUAUUCUUCGGACAGAAUCAUUUUGGGGAAUAAAGCUAUAUUACAAAUAUUCUUUAACGAAAUUUUGGAAUUGGAAACC